AUGGCAAAGAGAGCCCCCACUCUCGCGCAUGGUGAAAGAGAAAAGGCGUCUCUGUGUAUAAAGAGCUUCCCGGUACAUGACAAAUACCAUCAGCUCUCCUUGGUGCCUGUCUAUCUGUCAACGUCGGCAGCUGUCACUUUUCAAAGCAUUAGCAAACUCGGCCAUUCUUAAAUGCUCGUGCCAAUAGAUAAGCAUCCCAGUAACGACAGCCACGCCAGCCACGCUACUCGCUAGUCUUUCCCCAGGUUCCUUCACGUCCGUUCCAGGCUCGGUCCCAGAGCGGAGAAAGCCCACGCGGUCGCGCGACCAUCUCCGCCAUGGAAUGACAUAAAACUCCAUGCUUCUCUCUGGUCUGUUAACCGUCACACCCACGCUGCUGAACGUCAGUAACUUCCAAAUCAAAUCACUCAUGAUUUUGCGCAAGCUCCUUCUGAGCACAUUUCAUAUUGUACAGCAACACUAUAUCGCCAGAUGGCGACCAACACCGCAAGAACAUCGCCUCAUCGGCAGUGGUAUCAUGAUGAAAAAAUGUGCCGGCGCCCAUGUGUAUCCAAUCUUCUCCCCC